CCCCGCUGCAGAAGAUCGCCUCGCCCUGUGAUGGCUGGGAAUGCCACGCUGAAGGUGCCACCGAGCAACUUUGAAUCCCCACUGAUGUAUGAAGUUUCAGACCACCAAAGCAGUGGAUCAGAUAGUUCAGGAAGCAGCCUUGGAAGCUCGGUCACAGCAUGUAAGAAGGUCCUCUGCAGUAACAGCCUGCUAGAAUCCACAGACUACUGGCUCCAGAAUCAGAAGACACCAUGCCGAAUUGGCAUCGUGGAGGACAAGUUAGAAAAGAACUACGCUUCAGUUUGCUUUGUGAAUCUGGACGCACACAAAGAUGAUUGCAAUGAUGAACUCAUGAAAGAGAGAUUGAUCAGCAUCUCCCCGAACCUCCCAAAGCUUAUCAGCUCCAUGAAUGUGCAGCCACCAAAGGAGAAUGAAAUUGUUCUGCUGAGUGGAUUAGCUUCAGGGAAGCUUCAGGCUGAUUUUGAAGUACCCGAGUGUUCUUGGUUGGCAGAUGUCUGUCUGGUUCAGUGUGCAAGAGGAAACAGAAAGAACAGCACAAGCUGCAUCAUUUUUGAAAUAAACAAGUUUCUGAUUGGGCUGGAGCUCGUGCAGGAGAAGCAGCAGCACCUGGAGGCUAGCAUCUUAAAGCCGGAGGACGAUACUAACUGCUCGGUGUCCUCAAUAGAGGAAGACUUUCUCACAGCAUCAGAGCACUUUGAAGAUGAGAAUGAGGUGGAUGAAUAUAAAAACGGUCAUGAAAAACUAAAUGUCACGGAAGCUGCGGCAGAGUUUAAAAAGUACAGAGGUAAAGGACUUGAAAACCUACAUUGCCAAAAAGCUAGAUUACCCUUUACUCCGGAAGCUGAUGGUAUUAACAGAGACGGCACUGCUCCUGCUAGAACAUCGAGCUCAUCUGAAGAAGACUGUAAUGGUGAGGGAGAGGAGAGUGUUUUACAAACUGUAGGUAAAGCUGUUAAGCAGCUUCACUGGGAGGCUGGUAGAGCUGGAAAAUCCAAGACAUCCUCUAAUAUAGAUGAUCUGGAAGAUUCUUCUAGAGGUGAGACAGACAAUUCGGAUGUAUCAGAAGAUGCGUCUUUGGCCGUAAUGGCUAAGGAGGAAAGUAUUUCUUUGGAUGAUGCAACAGCUGAGCAAAACCAUCAUUUAGACACAUCACAUUGUAGAGCUGAAAGUACGUCCCAUCCUCCCAUGCAAAAUAAACAAGCCACUGCAGGUCAAUUUGCUACAAAUUUGGCAGAGUCUGUCCUGCAAGAUGCAUUCAUUAGAUUGUCUCAGUCUACUUUUACCAAAGAGGCUGCCAUCAGCAUCUCUCUUGGAAACUCCUUAACUUCAGCUGCAUGUGCAACGCCGGAUGCAAUGGCUUCUCGCUCAUGGAACGAGCUUCCCAAAAUUGUUAUUGUUCAGAGUCCAGAUGGCUCUGACAACACAUCUGAAUGGUCAGGCUCUAGCUUUCCAAAUGUGUGUCCUUGGUCUGAAGCUGAACAUUCAACCGAAGUUGCAGAUUGGUUACAAGACAACAGCUCCAAUGGAGGCACUCAAAGUGCUUUAGAAGUAGCCUUGGCCUGUGCGGCUACAGUCAUUGGUACCAUUUCGAGUCCACAUGCUGCAGAAAAGCUCAAAGGAGAACAGGAAUCUACCAACUCUAAAAGUAAUAUGGUUGAUAAUGAAGAGUUAGAGGAAAAACCUUCCCAAAGUGUCAACUGUACACCCGUGGACUAUUCAUUUCCGUCUGCCCUGUGUGGCAUGACUCAAGUAGCAAGUGCUGUUGCUGUCUGUGGUCUUGGUGAAAAGACAGAUGAUAAGUAUCCUGUAACUUCAGGUGGACUCUUAUCUGCUGCUGAGACCACAGCAGCCAUUACUCUCCAUUGUAGCAUCGCCAUAGGGAGCAGCAUGGAGAAACUGAACAAUAGUAUUGCACAAGUAUUGUUCAAAGAGGCAUCUUUAGUGUUAUCAAAACCUGAAACAUACAGAAAUAUAGGGGACUUUAUGGAGUCUAUAAAUGGGAAAAUUGUUCAGACUGUGACAAAGCCGUCCAGUCCCCACUUAGAUGAAGUAAUUGUUGAUGAACUUGCCCAGAGCUUGUCCAAUGUUAUUCUCAGACAUUCAGUGGAAGAGGUCAGGAAGAAGCAGCUAAACACAUGUUCAGAAAGAAACAUAGAUCUCAGUACCCAAGAUGUCUUUGUUGCAACUGCAAAUAAGCUGCUUUUUAAUGUGCUGUAUUUCACAUGUAAGAAGAUGACUGACCUUGCACAGCUUAGUGAAUGUUCAAAUACUCUGGCUGAUGAUCAUCUUAGCAAGCAGGUAAUGGAGAGCCAACCAAAAGAGACAACAAAUGAUCUUUUACAGUUAUCCCCAAACUACUUCAAGAAUCAGCCUGUUAGCACCAUGUGCGGCACUAGCCCUGAUAAGGAUGUGGCAUCUGCAACAAAUUCAAUGAAAGACACCAAAGGGGAAGUUGUGCCAGAUGCCCAAGAACCUGCCACACUUCAUGCAGGUUCACCACCUAAGGUCAAUGCUCAUAGUUUACCCUCUGGAAAAACAUCUCCCAAGAAAAGGUAUUUGAAAAGAACUGCAAGAGAAUGUUACAAAUCCAUAAAUCCCAAUAGCAAUCAAACUAAAAAAGAAAUCCGAUCAUUUACCGGCAAAGAAAAUAUGACAAUGCCAGCCAGCGAAUGCAGACAUGGCCUUCAAGAAGUUCAAUCUUCUAAUGCUGCAGUAAGUUCAGAAAGUCAUGAAAAGCUCAAUGAAGCCCAACUCACUGUGUCCUUACUGGGUAGUCAAGGUUUUCUGCCUCCCCAACCUCUGCUACAGUUGAAGCACCCAACAGAUAAGUACUGCAUAGCAGAUUUUGCAGAGGAAUUGGCAGAGACGGUGGUCUCUAUGGCAACAGAAAUAGCUGCCAUUUGCCUUGACAAUUCAAAUGGCAAGCAACCCUGGUUCUGCGCAUGGAAGAGAGGAAGUGAAUAUUUGAUGCCCCAGGCUUUGUCAUGCCGAACCAUCAAAAGGAAGAAGGAAACGCAAGCUAAUGGGUCAGUUGUGAGAAAGCAUAGGCCACCCAGGCUGAGCGAGAUCAAGAGGAAAACGGAUGAGCACCCCGAGCUAAAAGAAAGGUUAAUGAAUAGGGUUGUGGAUGAAUCUAUUUACCUCGACGACACACCGGAUUCGUGCAAUAGCUUUGCCAGUGAAGUCACUGCUAAAAUUAUGAAUUUAGCCGAACUCUCUGUGGCAGAUAACGUAUGGCAGAGUCCAAACCAUCCUCGAAACAGACUGCUCUGUGACCGGUGGAGCAGAGUCAACGCAUCCAGCUGCGAAAGCAUUCCGGAAGAAGACUCAGAUUCCAAAGCGUCUGCAAAUAAUUUGGCUCUCCUGAACACUUUAGGGCAGCCCAUAAGCAGGACAAGUUCUGUCUCCAAGCAGUCUAGCUGUGAAAGUAUUACGGACGAGUUUUCCCGGUUUAUGGUCAACCAGAUGGAAAACGAAGGCCGAGAGUUUGAUUUGUUACUUGACUACUAUGCUGGGAAAAAUGCAAAUAACAUCCUAAGUUCUGCCCUGCAGCAAGUCACCAAGAAAAAUGGCCACCUCAACGUGAGGCCAAGUUGCCCAUCCAAACAGUCAAGUACAGAAAGCAUAACAGAAGAGUUUUAUAAGUAUAUGCUAAGAGAAAUUGAAAAAGAAAAUAAAGAAAAUGGGUCUUCUGCUCGGAGUGCAAAGGACUGGAGCAACAAUUUAUUACCUCCAUCCCAACGAUCACCAUUUUGUUUUAGACAGUCCUCAAUGCCUGAUAGUAGAUCUUCGGCAUCUAGGCUAACAGUGAAUGUGCCCAUCAAAGCAAAUUCUUUAGAUGGCCUUUCUCGCAGUGGCCACCGGGAUUCUUUAAGCAUACAGCCGAUCAGCACAGUGUCCUCUUCAGGACUUUGCAAAUCAGACUCUUACCUGUACCAAAGAUGUAGGACCGAUCAGGUAACUGACAUGCUGAUUCAUGAAACCUGGUCAAACUCCAUCAAAGCUCUGAUGCGCAAGAAUAAGAUCAUAGUUGAUGAUGGGGAGGUUACGGAGCCUGACCAGUGUCCUCACAAUUCCCCACCACAUGUUCAGCAAUAUGCAAACAGGCUAGCUGAAAAUAUUGUGGAAAGUGGGAAAACCAUAAUUGCCAUUCAUCAAGAUCCCGCAUACAGAAAUCAAGCCACAGAGAGCAGCCACGCCCCAGUAGGGAUGCAAAAUAACUCUCAACCAAUAGGAGACAGACUUGAUGUAGAUGUGAAAAAACAGCAUAGUGCAUCACUCGGAUUGUUUCCUACAAACCGUGCAAGCUCUUCUGCAUGCCUAAGAGAAGUGCCUUUAAUUCAGAUAGAAACCGAUCAAAGAGAAGACCUUGACAAAGGCUCCGAGCCCUUAACGGAAGUUAACAUUGCCUCCGGUAAAAGGGAGCAUCUAAACAAAGAAAAACCUACAAAGACAGAUGCAGGAAGACACCUGGUUUCCACAACAACCAACGGCAUGGCUAUGUGCAAUGGCCCUGAGCCUGAAGCCUCCAUAGAGGCCAAAACAGUGGAAGAGUUUCCAGUCCCUCUCAGCAGCAGCGAUGAAAGCACAGGUAGCAGCUGGUGUCAGUUGGCAAAUGAGGAGGAGAACCCUGAUGAUACAAGCAGCUACUUGCAACUCAGCGAGAGAUCCAUGAGCAAUGGCAACAGCAGCAGCACUAGCAGUCUUGGCAUUAUGGACCUGGAAAUUUAUCAGGAAAACAUGCCAUCUCCUCGUGCCAUUAAUGAAUUAGUAGAAGAAAACACAUUCCAUAACAAACAGCCAGAAAAGGUAGAAGAAUACACUUCCUGUUUAUCCUUGGGAACAGCCAAUGGGCAAAAGGAUCUCUUGGUGAUAAACUUCGACCUGGAACCAGAGUGCCCUGACGCAGAACUGCGUGCCACACUUCAGUGGAUCGCUGCAUCCGAGCUUGGGAUUCCCAUGAUCUAUUUUAAGAAAUCUCAGGAAAAUAGAAUUGAAAAGUUUUUAGACGUUGUGCAGCUUGUCCAUCAGAAAUCCUGGAAAGUGGGUGAUAUCUUCCAUGCCGUGGUACAGUUCUGCAAGCUCCAUGAAGAAUGCAGCGAGCUGACGCCCAGCCUCUUUGACUGGCUUCUCGAACAGGGAUAAGAAACCCUGUUGAAUUCCUCGUGUUCAUUUGAAAUCCCUUUAUCAGUGGCAGAGGUUUGUGAGUGGCCCCUCUUUUUCAGAACAUCAGCACAUAAACUGAACAGAAAUGCACAAACUCUGCCAAUGCACGAGUCUUUUUCGAAGCAGUGCAUAAUUUUGUAAAAAACAAGCAAACCGGAAAGCAAAGGCCCAGGGUAUAUGGUGAUGUCAUACGGGGGACCUUGCAGUUUUAGAAUGUACUUUUGUAGGAGGAGGGAUGGCGUGUGCACUUUAAAUAAACAUUGAUGAAAGCUGGAUGAAACAGCCAUCAUCUGUUUCCCAGAAUCAAAGAUUCCUAAGUAUCUGUUGGCUAUGUGUAUUAACUGACAAUGGAAUUGCACAGUAACAAAGGGUUUUCUUUAAAA